UACACGAUCGACAUCGGUAUAUUUUAAAUGACACAGUGAGAGCGGAAAUUUCAUACUUCCGAUUUCGCCGUUGCUUAGGGGCAGUGGAAACAUAAGUGCGGCAUACACAACUAGUUUCGAAUCAGUGUUCUUUGAAGUAACUGGAAAGGUGUUUCAUAGUGUAGGGAGAACAUAAUAUUCUUGACUAGAAUAUAUAGUGUGGUCUGAACAUGAUUUGCUGCUUAAUAACAGUCGCCGUUGCUACGAAUAAACCGAUUGGGAUGAUACAGUUGACCGACCACAAUUACGUCAGCAUGAAAAGAUUUUCAUGCAAGAACCGUAGUUCGGUGACAGUAAUGUUAUCCGUUUAGGUUAUACACUAUUGUAAAAGCGACGGGCAAGUGGUGUUUCGCUGUUAAACAACUUCGUUGCAUUGUUAUAAAAGUGGCUAUUACGGUAAAAAUGUCUGUUCGUGUAAUAUGAAGAAGAGCAGAGACAAUUCAGAGAGCUGUGCACGAAAAAUAUUAUUAGUAAAAUAAAGGCUAACUGUAAGAUUGGAAGACGGGCCUUUGAAAAACAAAAGCAUCAUCGUUGUAAGGAACAUUGUUGAACGUUUCCGUGGAGUAGAGCCGACGCGUUGAUCGAACGGAGCGCACGAGGAUCUCACUCCCGCCAAAAGAGGGCGGACGUCGCGUCGUGGCGCGGCGCGGAGCUGCGCAGCCAGUUGGCUGGAGUACGAGAGCGGUUGGGGGGAGGCCUUCAUUGAUCAGCGGCCGGCGGAGAAGAGGAGCUGCGGGGCGCUCCGCUCAGUCGGGCAGUGGUGCGGCAGCGGUGCGCGUGGGGCAUGUGACGCACGGCGCGGGCGUGCGGUGUGCGGUCGAGAGGGAGCAGGCGAGUGCGGGCGUGCGUGCGUCGAUAGCGGAGACCAGAGAGCGAUAAUGCCGCCGUCUGCGGGCGGUCUCGGACUCCUCCUGGCACUGGUGGCGGCGGCUGCGACGACGACGACGACUGCGGCAGCGACUCGAAGCGGAGGAAAGCGCAGCAGCGGGCGGUCAUGUCGUACGGCGCCCCCUCCAAUCUGAGCGGGGGCGGCGGAUACGGCGCUGGAGGAGGCAGCGGAGCAGUCGGUGCCGGCGGGAACCGAUCGCCGCGGAGCUCGCGCCGGCUGGCCGGCGAACUGCCCACCGUAGACCGGUCGCCGUCGCGCUCCAACUACGGCCUGAGCGGCGGCGGCGCCACACGGGGCAGCCCUCUGGGGAGCCGCAAGGGCGCGCGCUCCCCACCCCCGUCGGCGGCGGACGCGCAGCAUGCGCAGCAGCAGCAACAGUACCAGCAGCAGCAGCAGUACCAUUCGGCAGCGUCAGCGUCCGCCGGCUACAUGGGCUCGCCGUACUACGCGACGCGCGACGACGAGCUAGGCUCGCCGGUGAUGAUGGACGAGCGCGGCCGCGGCCACCACCGGUCGCGCUCCGCCUCGCGGCCCGCCAUGGGGGGCGGCGGGGGUGGCGGCGGCACGCGCUACCAGUCGCUGGAUCGCAGCGGGUUGGGCGGCGACGCGCACGAGCGCGAGUUCGUGCCCAUCCGGGAGCCGCGCGAGCGCUCGCUGGACCGCGGCAUGGGCACCGGCCGCGACCGCUCGCUCGACCGCGGGGGUGGCCUCUACCUGGACGACGACCUGUACGGCGGCGGCGGGGGCGGCAGCCGGUCGGCGCGCCAGUCGCCCAACCCGCACAUGAUGGCCUCGGGCGGCAGCGGCCGCGACAUCGUCGCCGAGCUGCAGCAGCAGAACAGCGACCUGCAGCGCGAGCUCGCCAACUUCAAGAAGGAGCUCGAGCUGACCAACCAGAAGCUCGGCUCCAGCAUGCACAGCAUCAAGACCUUCUGGAGUCCCGAGCUCAAGAAGGAGCGCGCCCUGCGCAAGGAGGAGUCGGCCAAGUACAGCCUCAUCAACGACCAACUCAAGCUGCUCAACUCCGAAAAUCAGGUGCGUAUCGUUGCGUGUGCUGGCAGUGCUUUUAAUCAGCGUCUAUAUGUGUAAGUACCAAAUACACGCAGUAUCCUGAGUAUAGCUCUUUCUGCCAAGAAAAGAAUUUAGACAUUUUAAUUCAUGUGGAGGUGACGCCGAUAACCGCUGUAGAGACACGUAUUUUUUUAUUACUUAUUUAUCAGCACGAUUACGAAUGCGCUUUUCCCUAGCAACGUAUUUUCUAUUCUGUUUUUAUAAAGCAUCACGGGUAGUUCUUGGCGGCUUGCGUUGGAUUUACUGUCUGUGUGCAUGCGGUGGUUCGGCUCCGUUUGUGUGUUCCAAGAGCGUGCCUUGCCUUGUUAUGGAGUUACCGGCUACUUGCAUACUCGCUGUUUUAAAUACUUACACACCCAUCGGUUUGUGCUGUUACGUGCGUCCCUUUUGUAACUAACACCAAUAGAACUAGCAAAAAGUGUGGCAGUCUCAUGAACACACAUUACCGAAAAAAUAACUAAUUGCCCUAUAGUCUUGGAGAUCCGCCAUCGGUCACUAAAUGUUUGUGCUGCAUAAUUUAUUCCAUCGCUGUGGGUGCUUUGUUAUUGUUAUUACUAAUGUGAAAACUACGUGGUUCCUGCGGAUGCUCUGACAGAACAGAAACAUUGUCGAUUGAAAGUUCGUCCACAUUCGUUGAGCCAAUAUUAGACAGAAAGAGAUACUUCCCCGGUAGUACGGUCAGUUGCGAAUUGGUGCGGCACUUUCUGGAAUAAGAAUUUGGAAGAUGGUGCACGAAUUGGCUAUCUGGAAGUUGGCCGUCAAUAAGAAAGGCUGACACACACAUACACACACACACACACACACACACACACACACACAUUUGCAGAAAUAGUCAUGUGAGCAUGAGUUGCCGUUUUGUAUAUGACGGAACCUAAUUUUGUGUAUGUCUUCCAGUCUAGAGAAAAUCGUUAAUAUUAGAAAGUAGAAGUAUACAUGGAUGAAACUGGAGGCUUGCGUUCCGGGGUCAGGGGAGAGGAAAAUAAAGCUUUUAGCGGGAACAGGAUACCAUCACGACUUGUAGUAGUCACGUCAACGGGGAUUUCACUGAAACAUUUGGAUUCUCUCUCUCUCUCUCUCUCUCUCUCUCUCUCUCUCUCUCUCUCUCUCUCUGUGUGUGUGUGUGUGUGUGUGUGUGUGUGUGUGUGUGUGUGUAUGACAAAUCUCAUUAAAAGUGCCUACUAAAGAUGAACUACAUGCGCGACAUUUUCCAGGUAGUGAUACUCUCAUCACAGUUGUGUGAAAGUGGCUAGUCCACGCGUUUACGGUCGGCCGUAGUGGCCGUGCGGUUCUAGGCGCUGCAGUCUGGAACCGAGAGACCGCUACGGUCGCAGGUUCGAAUCCUGCCUCGGGCAUGGAUGUGUGUGAUGUCC